UGAAAAAGCUCCAGUCUCGAUGAAGACGUGCAGCGAUGCAGACGCGAGUAGUUUAUUAAUUUGAUUAUUUUAGAACUGUUCUUGAAAUCGAACAACAUGAUACAAAGAUGCAGUGCUAUGAUGGUGGUGCUCAUUGCGACGCAUCUACUAGUCUCAGCGGUUGCCGAAAAUGUGUUUCACUUUUCGUCUUACAAGAAAAACUGGUUCCAAGCAAACGAGUACUGCCACCAGCGCGGUAUGCGCUUAGCAAUCAUCGACUCUCCUCUGAAACACGAGAUGGUCGUCCGGGAAGCAAAAGCCACUCAGUCGCAUCCGCAGGCGUACUUUGGUGGAUGGCUCGGUGCCAGCGAUUUGGGACUGGCCGGAACGUACAUUUGGCAUGGAACCGGCAAUAAGGUGGCAUACGCCAAAUGGAAACCAGGAGAGCCGAGCGGUGGCGACGAGCACUGCGUGGUGUUGCACUACUGGCAAGAUAUGGGUUUCAUGUGGACCUGGAACGAUGGACACUGUGUUACGGAGCUGACGGCGAUUUGCGAGCCGAUAGAGAACGUUUCGUGUAUUGAGCAGUUUAAGUGAGCUAUUUUGUUUGGGCGUUGAAAGUUAUUGUUUGUGUCGAAAAGUAAUGAAUAAUACGAUAUUAAAACCUG